GCAGAUGGCGCGACGUAUUGUUUUGAUGUCAGAUUUGACAUUUAUAAGAAUUUCGCUAUGAGUAAUAUAAUUUGUUGAAUUUUAUUUUUAUAUUUUGUACUCUUCUAAAACACCAAAAUGCCUAACUUAUCGCAGAUACGCAACUUUAAUUUAAAGGUUAUUUUCCUUAUUCAUUUCACGUUCAUCUCAUUGAGUUUGAUGGGCCACUGGACACCCAGCGCGUAUUUGUUCUACAAUUCGAUAUUAAUUUUGUUAUUUUUGUGGUCAAUUUAUCAAGAUCAAAAUGAAGAACCUCUCCAGUUGGCUAUUGUUGUGAAUGGAUGUUCUGUAAUUUUAGAUAUACUGUUGCUGAUUAUGUGUUAUCCUUAUAGAGGCGAAGCUGCCGAAAUGUUCUCAGCAGCAUUGUGCAUUCUCCAUUUGAUUAUAAGACCAUUCAGUGUUAUUUUACUUGCAAGAGAUCUGGAAACACGUUCUGGUGUUUCAGCUGGACUUAUUGGUAACAGAGAGAGUUAUGAAGAUAUAGAUAGAAAUGUGCCUCAGACUUCUGGCGACAAAACUGGUGGUUAUAAUUAUGCAACCGCCGAACAAAUUUAAAUAUCUAAGUAUAAUUUUUGUGUAUAUUCAUAGGUAUUAAUAUGCAGUGAAUGUGUAAAGAAAUAACUUAACUGACUGUUUAAUUAUAUGAUUUAUAUGCCUAUAUUCAUUGUGGUUUACUUACAAAAAUAUUGUUAUUGUUUGAUAAGUGUAAUAAAUAAUUUAAGUACA